AUGACGAAAAAAAGCGAUCGCGCCGGCAACAGCAGGCUGCUAUCGCUCCCCGACGAGCUCCUGCAAAUCAUUCUCGGCCUCGCCGAUCACCCAUCCGAUCGCUGCAGCGUCGCGCUCUCCUGUUCCCGCCUCCGCCGCCUCUCUCGGCGCACGCCGCACGCGCUCCGCCUCGACUACUUCUCGUGCCGAAGAUUUCUAAACUCGCGCCGUGCGCGCUCGCGUCUCUCUUACACACGGCAGCCGCCACUCCCUCCCGUGCACCUCCUCCCCUCGCUCCAGUCCCUCACGCUCCUCUACGUUCCCUCGGACUUACUCCCCAUUACCCGCUGCUCCUCCCUCACCUCUCUCACCCUCUGCGCCCCUGAUUCUUCCGAUCUUUCCUCCCUUGCAUUCUCCUCCUCCUCCCUUGUCUCCUCCUCCUCAUCCCGUUCUUCCCGUGCUUCCUUCUCCUCACUUUCCUCCGCCACUCCCCCCUCCCCGCUCGCGUCCUCCCCCCCAUCCCCUCUCCGCACGACUCUCACAUCUCUCACCAUCCACUCCGCCGAUUUGCAGGGCUCCCUGCCUUCCCUCGCCUUCUUCCCCUCCCUCACCUCCCUCUCCCUCCACUCCUGCACCAUCGACCCAUACGAGCUCCGCUCCCUCUCACGCUCCCUCCACUCCCUCACCCACCUCACAAUCCACUCCUCCCCACUCAUUUCCUCCGAUUCCCUCGCCCCAAUCCUCCAAGCCAAUCCUUCUCUCUCCUCCCUCUCCCUCCACGGAACAACCUACCGUUUGUUUAGAGCACAGGGCUUCCGUUCUCUCCUCUCUCGCUGCUCCUCCCAGCUCCGCUCCCUCCACCUCGCUGGUCUACCCUGCUUCCGCCCGGGCUUGCUUGCAGACUGCAGGGGUCUGAGCUCACUGAGCGUGGAGGGGGUGAUAGAGUCUAAGGAGAGUCUACUGCCGAACAAUGUGUCUCUGGACUGCCUCGUGGCUAUGCUGGUACGCGUGGAGCAGACGGGGGUUGCGGGAGGGCGGCCAGGAGGGGAGGCAGGAGGAGAGAGUGGAGCGGAAGGGUGGGAGAAUGGACAUGCAGGUGUUUCUGCAGCUGCAGCUGCCGCAACAGGUAGUGGGAGCAGCAAGCGCUGCAGGAAAUAUGUGGAUUUUUGCACAGAGGCAGCGGCGGCUCAGGCGGACAAAAUCGCAGCAGCGACUGACGUGGUCGAUCUCUUCAAAGCAGCCGACGAAGCCGCAAAGGCCGCCCGUUACGACGCGCACUGGGCGGCCUUCAUUGUUGGCGAGAACGCCGUGCCUCGGAUCGCCGCCAGCCUCGGGAAGAUCAGGUCCGGGAUUUCGGCGUGCCGGUCCUUCUCUGCUGGGAUCCGGGCGUCCAAUGCGGCUGUUGAAUGGGAGGAAAAGCUGAUGAGGGCAUUCAAUACAAAUGCUGCUGCUGAUUCCAAUACAGAUGCUGCUGCUGCUGCUGCUGAUUUGAAUAUAGAUGGCGCUGCUGCUGACUCCAAUAUAGAGACGGCUGCUGACCAUGUGGCAGGGUUCUUUGCUACGGAGCUGAAUGGUGGAGAAGAGGACGGGGAUGGGGAGGCGGAAGAAGGAGAUGACAUCAGGGGCAUGGAUGGCAUGCUGCCUGAUGAUGGCCUGCCUGAGGGUGUGCUGGGUGGGGUGUGGUCCAGUGCGGUGGAGACACGUGAAGAGGGAUUGGGUAGGCAGCGGGAGCUUCUGGAGGAACUGGAGGAGCAGUUUGCUGCCAUGUCCGCCAGUUUCCAGUCCUUGCGCCAACUCAACAGAGCUCCGAGAGCCACGCUGGCGCCACCAGUGGCGGAUGCAGCAGCAGCAGGAGCAGCAGCGGGAGAUGCAGCAGCAGGAGCAGCAGCGGGAGAUGCAGCAGCAGGAACAGUGGAGGCAGCACCAGGGGAGGCAGCAGCACUAGGGGAGGCAGCAGCACCAGGGGAGGCAGCACCAGGGGAGGCAGCAGCAGUGGAGGCAGCACCAGGGGAGGCAUCACCAGGGGAGGCAGCACCACCAGGGGAUGGAAAGCAGUCAGGCAGCAGAAGGUCAACAAGCAAGCGCUCUGAAGGGUGCCAGUCAGCAGUCCCUGUGCAAGUGUUCUGCCCUCGCCUGGAGUCCUUAUCCCUCGAAGUGCUCUACUUCUCCACCACUCCCCACACCUGGCUGCCACCAACCCUUCCCUCUGCGCCUCCUCUCAUGUAUCUCUCCUCCCCCCCGCCUUCCUCUUUCCACACAUCGUCCUCCUCCAACUCCUCUUGCCUCUCCCCUUCCUCUGACUCCGCUGCCCGAAGCCCAAGCAUUCAGGCAAUGUCCUUUCACUCCAUUGCUCGAGCGGCUGUUUUUGGACAGCUGAAGCGCCUCUCCUUGGUGUGCUAUCUAGGGUUGGAGGAGCAGGAAUGGCUGAAACUACUCACUGCUCGUGUUAAGUUGGAGGAGCUAAAGGUGCAGCAAAACGACAAGUUUUCAGAUGCAGUAAUGGCGGGAAGCAGACUGAGUAUGCUCACUAGUUUGACUGUGCUCGGGUGUCCUAAGAUCACUGCAGCAGGCAUUGGAGAGGUUCUUGGAAGCUUUCCCAGGUUGCGGUAUUUGAAGGUGGAAGUUGGGAAAGUUCAGGUAAGGGCUAGGAGGGAGCUGCUUCGCGCUGGUGUGGUUGUGAGCUUCGCUUCCGCUCGUUCAGGAGGCCCAUCGGUUGGGUACGGUUUCUACCUCCUGGAUCCAACCACGGAGGAUCAAGCAACAACAUCAUCUCCUAGCAGUCAUCCCGACUUCGAACACAAGACAAGAAGAAGAAUCAUCCUGCUGAUCGCCGUCCUCCCUCGAAGGUGUACUUUCGCCCUGACAUCAGGCCAAGGACGGACGGCUUCGGCUUCCCGCAAGCCUCGAACUGCCCGAUCUGCUAACUGUAGCUUCUGGAGGCUUCCGGACUCGCUUUUUCGUGGUCAGCUUGUGAUGGCGGAACACAGAGAAGGCGCCGACGAUAGCAGGCUGCUAUCUCUCCCCGACGAGCUCCUCAAGAUCAUUCUCGGCCUCGCGGAUCACCCAUCCGAUCGCAGCAACGUCGCCCUCUCCUGCUCCCGCCUCCGCCACCUCUCGCGGCGCACGCCGCACGCGCUCCGACUUGAGUUCCACUCCAGGUCAAGGGCUGCGAAUCCGCAAGAAUGGCUGAAAAAGUUCGAGGAUUUCUCAGGGGUAUUUACCCACGUGACGGAUCUGACCGUGGAGAUCACCAGUGUUCUCGGGGACCAGGUGAUUGCGGGGAUCGCAGCGGGCUGCCCGAAACUGGAACAACUGAAGCUGGAGGUGUCGGCUUGGGAUAUCUUCGACGUCAACGGUCCAGCGUGGCGAAAUCUCGCGAACCGAUGCCCGCUCUUGGCUUCAUUGGAGCUAAACUCCCCUUCUGCGCGCUCACGUUCCCCUCACACACAGCAGCCGCCUCUUCCCCCCGUGCACCUCCUCCCCUCACUGCAGUCCCUCUCUCUCCUCUACGUUCCCUCAGACUACCUCUCCAUUCCCCGCUGCUCCUCCCUCACCUCCCUCACCCUCUGGGGCCCUGAAUCCUCCUCCCUCUCCUCCCUUGCCUUCUCCCCCUCCUCCUGUGCUUCCUCCUCCUCCGUUGCUUCCUCCCGCCCAUCCUCUCUCCGCACGUCUCUCACGUCCCUCACCAUUUACUCCGCCCAGUUGUCAUGCUCCUUCGCACCCCUAACCUUCUUUCCCUCCCUCUCCUCCCUCUCCCUCCACUCCUGCUCUAUCGACCGUUAUGAGCUCCGCUCCCUAUCACGUUCCCUCUACAAACGCACUCACAUAGCAAUCCACUCCUGCCCGUUCGUCUCCUCCUACUCCCUCAUCCCCACCCUCCAAGCCAACCCAGCUCUCUCCUCCCUCUCCCUGCACGGAACGAAUUACUGUCUGUUCGCCGCACAGGGAUUCCGCUCCCUGCUCGCUCGCUGCUCCUCCCAGCUCCACUCCCUCCACCUCGCCGGCUUCCCAUCUCUCCGCCCGGGCUUGCUUGCAGACUGCAGUGCCCUGCGCUCACUGAGUGUGGUCGGGGCUGUCGAUU